GGCAGCACUGGUGAUCAGUCACAAACUCAGAAAGUCACAAGACAAGAUUUCAUUUAUUUUGUAAUUUUGUGAGUGUUGUGUUGUGUGUGUGGUUACGUAUGUUCAGCAACCAAAAUUGUAGAAUAGCUGCCUAUGUUGUUGAUUGCGUUGUUUUUGUUUUAAUCAAUUUUGUUGUGUAAUCUCUCAUGGACCUCCAAAAUGGGCUCAUUAAUGGAAAUGCGUUUGUGAAUGGGGCCUGGUAUCAAAGUACACCACAAUUAAAUGAAUGAUGCAGUCUAUAUUCUGGACAGGCAGAGUGCUAUCACGUGCUAUAAGAAAUGGACUUUCAAGUUUUUCAAAUGCUGCUGAAUUAAACAUUUCGAAUAAGAAACAUCCGUAUUUAGUAUCAGUGGUUUGUGGAUUUCCUAAAGACAUUGCUAAUGGAAGAUCUCAUAAAGGACAGUUUGGAGACGACGCAUGGUUUUCCACAAAUUUUAACAAUGCAGAUGUCAUUGGAGUUGCUGAUGGAGUGGGAGGCUGGCGUGCUUACGGCAUUGAUCCUGGGGAAUUCUCAUCAUAUCUUAUGAGGACAUGUGAGAGGCUUGUCCGGAUGGGACACUUCAAAAUGUCCGAGCCAGGAGACCUCCUAGCGAAGUCCUACUAUGAACUACUAGAACAUAAAAAACCUAUUUUAGGUAGUAGCACAGCGUGCGUCAUGAUCCUCGACCGCAACGAGUCGAUAAUGCGCGCGGCCAACAUCGGCGACAGCGGCUUCAUGGUGGUGCGCGGCGGGCGCGUGGUGCACCGCUCCCACGAGCAGCAGCACUACUUCAACACGCCCUACCAGCUCAGCCUGCCGCCGCCCGGCCACGACAGGAACGUUCUUAGCGAUAGGCCAGAAUCGGCGGAGACGGCGGAGUUCGGCGUGGAGUGCGGCGACGUGAUCCUCGUGGCGACGGACGGCGUGUUCGACAACGUGCCCGAGCCCGUGCUGCUGGCCGAGAUGCGGCGCGCGCACGCCGCGCCGGGCGAGGCGGGGCUGCAGGCCGUGGCCAACUCCAUCGCGUGGAUGGCGCGCAACCUCUCCUUCGACGGCUGCUACAUGUCGCCCUUCGCCAAGAGCGCCAGGCAGAACGGCAUCGACGCCAUAGGAGGAAAACCAGACGACAUAACGGUGCUACUCGCAAUCGUAGCGCUAUGAAGAUGUCAUCAUGUGAUUUACUAGAUUAUAUUUUUAGGAACAGGUUUUUUCAAAAACCAUUCGCAUACACUAGCUUAAACAACGACACCAAAAAAUUUAAAUAUUGGUAUUUUUGAAUUUAGGCUUAAUUUCAAUCGUCAAUUUCUUUUAGCAAUACAAUUUUUCUACGAACUUGUACAACUUUGGUGAGAAUUAAUAAGAUCUUAUUCAAAAUGUCUUUCUGUCUGUGUUAGCAUUUAGGCCACUAGAUUACACAGAAUUAUUUUCAAUUUGUUUUGUAAAUGUUUUGUUUAAUAUAGGUUUGUUGUGGUUAAUAAAGUCAAUUAAUUGUAAUUUGUAUUUGCACUGUCGGAGCUAAAAUGAAAUGGUGUAAUAAAUAAUCCAUACUAAUAUCAUAAAUGUGAAAGUGUGUCUGUCUGCUAGCUUUUCACGGCCCAUCCGUUUAACCGAUUAAGAUGAAAUUUGGCACAGCGAUAGAUAGCUUGCAUUCCGAGGAUGGACAUGGCUACUUUGGUCGUGGAAAAUCAAAGAGUUCCCAAGAGAUUUUUAAAAACCAAAAACCACGCGAGCGAAACCGCGUGUGUCAUCUAGUUACAUAUGUAAAAAAGACGUAGAGCGUACGUAUCUAAAGCGAAGGCUUGAAACUACAUAGUACAAUUGGGUCACAUUUGUAGAGCGCUAUCUAUUCUACUCUCAUGCGUUUUUAUCUUCAAUCUCAUCUCAUCACCAAGCACGAAUUGUAUACCCCAUUUAAUAUGAACAUGUCUAUGGUAUGAAAUGCCAUUAGUAAAUUAUUGUAUCAAGGAAAUAAUUAAUAGUCUUUGUUAGGCUGUCUGUAUGGUUAAAAUCUGAAUGUUUCACGAAAUUUCCCGGUACACUUAAACUAGGUGCUACAACUGCACAAUAAAAAAAAUUGAUUUACCAUUGUUAAAAUAUAAGUAUGGACUGUUAUGGCUAUUCUCACGUAUUUAUUCGAUGUAAGCACGACUAGUUUCGACUCAUCCGGGGUUUUUUUUUCAUAGGGACUCAGUUUGCUGCGCGUCGCGGUUGAGACAGGCUGAGAUCUAUAGAAGGUACACUGUUAAAACGAGACAGCGUUAUACCGCUGGCAUUAAUCUGUCAUAUUUUACUUGGAACUUAAAUCUAAGCCAAGUCAAAGUGCACUCUAUAGAUUUCAACCUAAGUGUAUCUAUACUUAAGUUGUUAAAAUAUCCCUUAGUCUCUAGUUAAUCAUUUGUUAUACAUCUAGAGACCGGGUACAAAGUCCAAAGGUAAGGGAUAAAUGCAAUUGAUACAUAUACUUGUUACAUUAAUAGAGACACGUCAGAGUGGUACUGCAUACAAUUAUAACAGUAAUAAUAUCAGUUCACCAGUUUAAUGAAAAUAACUGGUCAAGUGAGUGUCACAAAAUACAUAACGUAGGGUUCCGUAGUCGCUAGUUGCUAAAAAUUAUGACAGUCAUUAUAUUUUAAAGGAGAGUUUUUCCAAAAACUUCAUAUUAUGUAAAUGAUUUUAAAAUACCUAUUUAACGAUAUCACUUAAGUGGGUAAACCAAUUUCGGCUACCUUCUAUUCUUCUAUUUUUUUUUAUAUUUUAUUAUCUUCGGCUAUUUCGGCUUUCGGGUUAAUGUUCAGAAGGUUACCUAACAUGAAUGGUUUUUUAAGUUUAAUAUAACGACGAGAAGUAUCCUAUAAGGUUUUGAUUCCCUUGACGGGUCUUGGCAGACACAACACUGAGGUGAUCCUAUAGGGUUCCUUUUUCUCUAAAGAUACGGAACCCUAAAAAAGUAUAACUUAACGAAAUAUUUAUACCUACUCUUUUGACCACAGAAGCUCUGUUGCUUCUAAGGGCCGCGAUGGACAUGGUAGGUACAGUGCGCAAAACAAGUACAGUCCAAUCUGAAGUUUGCAUAGGUCAUAGACUAAAGAUUAAAUACACAAGCCCCGCUCAGAUCUGCUUUUAUACAAUGCGCAGUCAUGUGCCUCGUGUUCGGAUUGAACUACUUGUUUUGCGCGUACUAUAAUAUAUACCCUCACGCAGUCUAUCCACGUCUUAAGUAUAUAUGUGACUGGUUUUUACUAAUGAUAUAGAUCAUCUACGACUUACCAGGCUGCAUGGUCUACGACCUUUGCCUUUCCUGAAGGGGAUAAAAAUUAAAACUAAAUAACUAAUGAUAUAGAGAUUGUUGGUUUGUUGUUGUGGAAUUGUAUUAAUGCAAGGACAAAGGCGCGGAUAUCUAUUUGUUGUUGUAAUAAAUGUGUAAUUCGAUGUUUGAAUGAAGACUGAUUUUUUAUUUAAAGGUUGAAGAUGAUUGAAUCGAGAUUUUACUAAGCCAUGUUCAAAUUGUAGCUAACAGUUCUGUGUAAGUAGUAUUCUUUUUUUAUUUGUUUUUCUACUUUUUCGAUAUCAAUUAAGUGUUUU